AUGUCAGCGCUGAAAAAUUAUGUACAAUCGUAUCUUUUAUCAUUAAAUCGUCUUCGCCGAUCCAUAGCAGCAAAUGCUAGAAUGGCAGCGCAAAAAUCUCCAAAAAUCGAGGCCCAGGUCGUAGAAGCAAUUCGUAGGCUGCAGGCCAUUCAAGGAUCAACUUCACAGGAAAUCAGUAAUUACAUUGCUCAAGAAUAUAAUAUUCCUGGCUCUGAGAUUAGGCGUCACGUUCAACUUGCCCUCAGGCGUGGCGUGACUUAUGGUAUUCUUCAGCGUUUGAAGGGCGGAUGCUACACGUACAAUCAAGACUACAUGUACAAUCAAUGCAUGAACAGCGGCGACGCCACUGCUGUCGACAUUCGUUGCUGGCGAAAAAGACGACCUAGCCGGAGAAGAAGCUCGAGAAGACGCGGUAGAAGGAGGUACAAGAGCCGUGGAUCUCGACGUAGAUCCCGUAGAAGGAGAUCGCGAGGAAGACGAAGAAAAUCGUCGAGGAGACGAAGGCGGAGGGAAGAAUUUCCAAAGGAAAUCGACGCGCUAAAGAUGACCACCGUGACCAAACAAUCGUCGAAAAGCAGCAACCUCUUACCGAAGGAUGGUCCACGAAGCAAUCAUUCUACCAUCUCUGCAAACUCCGAAGAGAAGCAAGAGUAACCAUCCAAACGGAUAUCCUUCGCUUUUACGAUCGACUCGAGAAGCAAAGAUUGAUUCAGGAGCAAGAAUACAGAUUUUCCUCGACGCACUCGGAAUUUACAUAUUAAGGAAAAACAAAGAGGACGAGAUUGAAAGAAAUUCUAAGAAGACCGACCAUCAGUCAUGGAUAUACAUACGUUUUGAUAAAUGUUUUAUUUUAUCGUUAUUCUACCUUUCCUCUUUUCUAAUCUGUUGUAUUUGUAUCUGUGCUUUUACUGUUUUAGAAUAAUUCUUUUUCUAAAAAUCUAUUUCUGCCGCGAGUAACAUGUAACACAUUCUGAACAUUUUGGAAAUCACAAUACAUUGAAAAUAUUUGAAAGAUCGUGCACUGUUGCGGAAAUACCGAAUCACAGGCGAAUAUUCAAUUUCCAAAAAUCACUUUAUGUCACCUAAAUACACGAUAUGCCGGCUAAAAAUAAAUGUUCGAAAUACUCACACGAGAAGAACGUUAUAAGAACGUCAUUGGAAAGAAUAAAACAUUAUCAGGGCCUUCUCGCACAAUAAUUUUCCAACCAGUAACAUCGAUAUUAAUCUUAAUGAAUGGACAAUUUUUUACGUCGAUUUCUAUGUCAAAUAGAACAAUUACGUAAAUAAAUUGUCAUCCUUAAAAUUUACUUCCAAAACUUUCUGUUAACAAAGUAACGCAAGAUACUGAUCAUUUAUUUAUACUAAUUAUUUGUGACUCCAAUUUCCCUGAUAUUAUCAAUUCGAUCGUACAAGAGGGUCCAGGUAAUAAUUUCAUUCUUUUCUUCGUAAGUUCUCGUUAUUGAAAUGUAUGAAUUUUAGUAUUGAAAAUGCCGGAAAAACGAGCUACGUUAAAAGCAGUGGCCGUUUCUCAGCAAUGACGGCCCUGUCGACGGCCUUGUUGGCUAAUGAUAGUCUUGCUAAUGAUGCGUUCGCACACGCGUAGUCGUGACGCGUGACUAUUUCACCCAGCAGCUCUAUGGCUAGGCAUAGUUCAGCCCAGAAACAC